AUGAUUGUAGAAGAAGAAAUUCAUCCAAGCUUAUGGGUCGAACAUGACUACAGUAGAAUUGACAUUCGCCUACUACCAGUGGGUCUUCAUAUCUAUGUGUGGAGGGGAGCUCUGCUCUACGAGUACAGCCACCAUGGGAUAUACAUUGGCGAUGGAAGAGUAAUUCAUUCCAUCGGCCCGAAAGCUGGUGGACCCAGAGUGGCUUGCAAAAAAUGUGCCUUCGCAGGAAAUAUGCAGCAAGCAGUGGUGGAAACCUGUCUUGAGUGCUUCCUCUGUGGUGGACGACUCUGUCGUUAUAAUUAUGAUGUACCCAUGAACGUGCUUCGUAUCACUUCUCAUGUCAUGUGCAGUACUUGCACCAGUAAGAGAUCGAAACCGGCUAAUGAAGUUGUUGAGACUGCAAAACGUAAGUUGAAAGAAGGUUUCGGUACAUAUAACCUCAUAUCUAACAACUGUGAGCACUUCGCAACAUUCUCUAAGACAGGAACUUCUCUCUGUCAGCAAGUUCCAGGUCAUUUGCGUAUAUAG